GCCUCCUCAUCCCGGUCUAAGAGGAAGCUGCUGCAGGUAAAUGAACCUGAGCCCUGGUUGUUUCCAGUCCAGCAGCUCCGACAGAUACAGCCCUGAGCACAUGAGCAGCCCGGUGGUCAGCAGGAGGCAGAAAUCAGAGAACGAUGGAGAGCGGAGUCUCAUUGAGGACUCGGCCACCAGUGGGGAUCAUCUCUUGCACCAACAUGCAUCCACACCGGGGUUCAUCUACAUGUUGGCUUUCUUCUCUGCCCUGGGAGGAUUCCUCUUUGGGUACGACACCGGGGUGGUUUCUGGGGCCAUGCUGCUCCUGAAGAAAGAGAUGAACCUGAACGCCCUCUGGCAGGAGAUGCUUGUUUCCAGUACCGUGGGGGCCGCGGCAGUGUCCGCUCUAAGCGGUGGCUCCCUGAAUGGCUGGCUGGGGCGCAGGAUUUGCAUCCUGGUGUCCAGUUUCAUCUUCACCAUCGGCGGCAUCAUCUUGAGCUUUGCCCCGGACAAGGUGGUCCUGCUCGUGGGCAGAAUCACUGUUGGUUUGGGCAUAGGUAUUGCUUCAAUGACAGUUCCUGUGUACAUAGCUGAAGUUUCCCCGCCACACAUGAGAGGUCAGCUGGUCACCAUCAACUCCCUCUUCAUCACUGGAGGCCAGUUCAUUGCCAGUGUGGUGGAUGGAGCUUUCAGCUACCUGAGGCGUGAUGGCUGGAGGUACAUGUUGGGUCUGUCCAUUGUUCCAGCAGUGCUGCAGUUUGUCGGUUUCUUCUUCCUCCCAGAAAGCCCUCGAUGGCUUCUCCAAAAGGGCCGGAGCCAGGAGGCUCGUCAAGCUCUGAGUCAGAUAAGGGGAGGCCAAAACAUUGAGGAAGAGUACGACACCAUCAGAACCAGCAUCGAGGAAGAGGAGAAAGAGGCGGCUGGAGGAGGUCUCAUUAUUUUGCGGAUCAUUAGCCAUGGUCCGACUCGCAGGGCUCUCAUUGUUGGCUGUGGCCUCCAGAUGUUUCAGCAGCUGUCUGGGAUUAACACUGUCAUGUACUAUAGUGCAACCAUUCUGCAGAUGGGGGGGGUGCGGGACGAUAAACAGGCGAUCUGGUUAGCUGCUGCAACGUCUGCUACCAACUUCGUGUUCACGCUGGUUGGAGUCUGGCUUGUAGAGCGGGUGGGUCGCCGGAAGCUGACCCUGGGCAGUCUUUUAGGUACUGGUCUGAGUCUCACUCUGUUGGCAGUUGGGUUCUUGUUAUCUGCCCAGAACUCCCCGCCCGUCACCCUGCACCCAGCUGAAGCUCAGAACUCCACCUGCAGACAAUAUGGGUUCUGUGAAUUCUGCAUGUUGGAUCCCAACUGUGGAUUUUGUUACCGUGAAAAUGGAACCGGCGUGUACAACUCCUCCUGCGUUCCCGUCAACCAAGCAUCCACAGAUCAUGCAGCGUGGGGAGGGUGUUCCAACCAGACAGAGGCAAAUGACACCCCACUAUGGGCGUACAACUACUGUCCCACAUCCUACUCCUGGAUCGUCCUGAUGGGUCUCAUUCUCUACCUUGCAUUCUUUGCACCAGGUAUGGGCCCGAUGCCUUGGACAGUGAACUCUGAGAUCUACCCACUGUGGGCCCGCAGCACCGGGAAUGCCUGCUCAGCCGGGGUCAACUGGAUCUUUAACGUACUGGUGUCUCUGACCUUCCUUCAUGUCGCUCAGUUUCUAACCUAUUAUGGGGCAUUCUUUCUGUACACAGGCCUGGUGUUGUUGGGUCUCCUCUUCGUUCAGGGCUGCCUCCCGGAGACCCAGGGCCAGCAGCUGGAGGACAUCGAGAACUUGUUCACCGGUCCGCUCUGCUCCUGUGGAGCCUCCUCACACAGCGGCAGUCGCAAUGUCCACUACAUCCGGAAAGGUUCGGAAAGCAGCUCGGCACAGUAUGGCGCAGUGGGGUCAGACAGUGACAUAGCCUAUAUAACUCUGAGAUAAUGGUUACGAGGUAGCCCUGAACAACGCAAUUCAGAGAGCGCCUUUGUACGAAACCUCCUCCUCACUUUAUGACACCUAUUUAUUAGCAUUUAAUAUGAUUUCUUGUCAUUUGUUUGCUGCAGUCGGUUUUUGUUACAGUGCAAGAUUCUUGAUGUUUUUUUUCUAAUGUGAUACUGGAUUCCUGCAAACAUCUGGAAAUGUCUGAACUGUGGUGUGUUAAAUGUGUGAAAGCACAAAUGGGAAGAAAAUAUGUCCAGUGUUUACAACUAAAUAUUUUGUGGUAUAGAUUAAAUGCAUUGCCAUGUUGCCCUGUCUGCUAUUUAAACUAAUUUGUAAAGAGGUAGCAGUGACAGGACCCAGCCACCAAUUGUUUAAGUUCCACAUGGUGACAAAGAUACGUGCCUAUUACGUGAGAUAUUGAUAAAGAAAGAGUAUUUUUACAUUCUGAAAGAGCACAAGUUAUAAUAUGGGGACAGAUAUUUAACAUGCUGACACUUACAUUUGGUACAACAGACUCAGUUUACCGACAGGUGAACAGACAUGUUAAGAAUAUUAAUGUUAGUGUGUAGCAUUCCAGUUUCAGGUUUAAAGGCUAUAGGUUCAUUUGAACCUAAAGACAAAUAACAUUCCGGUACUGUGUCAUUCUUGUCUUGUUCAAGUAUUCAUGCUGUGUAUGAAAUUACAUUCCAUGUGUCUUUGAUCAUGUUCUUUUUAUUCAUGUGAUGUUUGGAAAUUAAACACAUAUUGAAACAA